GGCGCAAACUAGCCGAGAUAGACAAAAGGACCGCGGAGUACAAGGCAAGAUUGAUUGAGGAAAUGAUGACUGGGAACGAAGAAGGCUCUCUGCAGGAGGAGCCCCGGGAUGAACGGAGAACCGGCCGAGGUGGGACUGGACAAGGGGGUAAGGGUAGUGACCGUGGGGGAACGCCGAGCAAAAGAAGGAAAGAGGGGGAAAACUCUCCAGGGAUGGACACGGAAAAGGCUACGACCCCGCCAGCCAUAGAUAGUAGGGCUGGCCGCCUGCCGACCGCGCCAGCAGUGACGCGAGGGUGCGAAGGACUCUGGAGCCUUAGGGAAAGAGUGUUGGGAUGGUUUGACCCGGAAGGAACUACGAAAACCAGGGAGGGACAGAAGGCCGACAAGGAAGGUCCGGAUAACAGUGUGACAGGCGAGGCCAGCAGCUCCGAGGGUGGCCUUAAGAAGACAGUAUCGUCCCUCUCACAAACACUAAACAAAAGUCAAGGCUACCUAGCGGAUGCUAAGAAAAAGUUGAUGUUUGAUGGGGCGAACAUCACGCAAUUCCUGAUAGAUUACGAGAAUCUGGCUGCGCUGUUGAAAUGGACCGAAGAGGAGAAGAUGGACCACCUGGGACAGCAUGUGUCUUUGAGCCUAGGACGGGACAUAAUGGCCAUCGUGGCCGCGAGCCGGUCUUGGAAAGAAACCCGGGAUGUAGCGAUGAGAAAGUACCUGGCAACAGAGCAGAUGGCAACGGAGGCCGAUUUAGCGGCAGUCCAGAGGCAGAACUUCGCGACGUACAGUGACUUCCUACGAGAAUUUACUUUGGUAGCACUAAGAAUCCCCGGGGUUACGGACCGAAUAAUGAGUAAGUAUUUCCUCAGACAGUUCUCCGAGUUCGACAAGGACAAGAUCCUGUCAACUUACCAACAAACGAGUAAAUUUGUAAACACUAGGGAUGUUGAUUUCAGUACGGUAACGGAUCUAGCCGAAAAGACGGUAAUGACCGAGACAUUGGCCUUGCUUAAGGAAGGUGAGGUCAUAGACUUGACCAGUAGGACGGGCCACAAGGUGAAAAAGGGGAUUGAAAGCCUACACGAAUGGGUGCACGGAGUCGACAACAAGAUUGAAAGGAUGGAGAGCGCGCUACUAGUUAUGCAGGCGCAAGUAUCCCGGCCCCCCCUCCCGCCCCAGGAAGCAAUAGUUCCGCCGGGGGUGACCAAUCGUGGGUUCGGACGGAGAGACCCCGCUAACGAGCAAUGCAAGUACUGUACUGCGAUAGGACAUUAUGUGCACGCGUGCCCAAAGAUCAACCAUGAUAUUCUGAAAAGAAGGUGUACUAGGUCGUUAAAGGGGGAGAUAUUUGGACCACAAGGGGAACGGGUGAACUGGAACUCGCCAGGAGGGAUGCGGCGAGCCAUUAUCAUGCUCAACGGGCUAGAAAUAACAACCGUAGAAACCGAACCGGUGGGCGAGAUCAUCUGGGAUCAACGCCAGGGGCUCGGGCCGCAGGUCAAUUUUAUUUUGGAAAACGACGAACGUGAGAGGGUGAACGCGACUACUUGGCUAGGGACGGCUGGGAGAAGGAUUAACCGCGACACCGUGAUGGAGGAGGUUGCUGGAAGUUCGGAAACCCAGGAAGAGCCUGAGGCCGAGAAACCGGAAAAGGUCUAUGGGAAACCUAGGGAAGAGGAGCCUACCGACAAAGUUACCGCUGCCAAGAAGAAGUUUAGGUAUCAAAUCCCGAUCUUAUCCUUGCCGAAAAUCGACGACACCAUUAGCAAGUUACUAGGAACCAUGGUGUCGGUGUCUUUUCAGACUAUGCUGCAGGUUAGCCCUAGGUUGCUCAAAGGGCUUAGACAACUGUUGACCCGGCGGCGAGUAGAAAUAGGCGACAACCCCGAAUUACCAGAAGGAGAGAGGGAGGAGGAAGUUCCGCAAGAAAUGGCUAACCUGCAGAGGAGUCGCGGGGACUUGGAGGAUCUCGAGAAAGCUUUUGCGGACAUUCGUUUGAGUUUGCCCGACCGAGAGGGCGGUGAGGUCAUGAGGUCACCACCCGGGACAAAGCUUAGCUUUCAUGCAUUGCCCAUAGGGAAGCUGAAAAUCCAGAUCGGGACUCAUCAUACCGACGCGUUAGUAGACGGAGGAGCAGAAAUCACUCUCAUAAGAAGAGAUUUCGCAACAAUCACGGGGUGUAUGGUAAACAAGGAAGUAACAAGGAGCAUCUGGGGGGCUGGCGGGGAAAUCCCGUUCGCUGGGUACGUCACGAAGUGUGCUGUAAAGACAAGGGUCAAGGAAUCGAUCUGGUCGUUUCAGCGGAUGACCGUAAUGGAGGAGAUGGACCACGACAUAAUCCUCGGGAGACCGUGGUGCACGAACGUGGAGAUGAUAGGCAUGCGCUUGCACGAUGACUCAUACAUGGUAGACAUAGAGGACCCUGUGACCGACCGGGGAGAGCUCCUCCGACUCCUUGGAACGGGAGGAGACCCCCCGAAGGGGAAAUUGGCAACAUGGUCGCCGUCGUUCGAUAAUAGCACGCGGAAAGGGGCUUUCGCACGGAUGGAGGGUAUGAGAGAAAGGGUAGAAAUAAUGAUUGAGGAAGCAUUCAACAAGAAGGAGUGGAUCAAGAUGGGCCUGCCCCAGAAGAAGAGGAGGCAGGAGGACGAAGUCCUAGGUGUUAUGGUAGCGGAAAAGGAAUCAGAGGUCGAACUUGGUGCUAGCCCACCCAAACGAAAAGAAGUAUGCAUAGACGUGCCUAAAAUCGCACUCGAGAUCCCCGAUCUAUUACAACUCAUCCAGGCCCUCAGAUACCACAAGGUAGGAGUGGAUUCGGCAGCCUUGGCCAAGUUCGAAAGAGAGGUGCAAAAGGGAUAUUGCCUAAAUGAGAAACUAGUUAGUAUUCAACCACGAGUCGUAGCGGCGACGGGGGCAAUUCCGACUGUUCAUUUUUUAGGAGAAAGAUCCCGGAAGGAAGUGUUCGAAAGUACAAGCCGGUAGGGAAGAAAUCAAAACCGGUCUCGAUC